UACAGAGAUAAAGCUUAGAGGGGUUGGCAAGUUACACACACUCACAUGUAAGUGAGCUGCAUUGGAUUGUACAGUCUCUAUACAGCUCCUCCGCUUUUGUAACUAUGUUGCCUCUCUCAUUGGUUCUAGUGGCUGUUGCUGGAGGGCUUCUUGCACUCAACAUACCAGGUUCGGAGGCUGUAGAGUGCUAUAGUGACUUUAAUGAAAUUACCGGAGGUUGCACAGAAUACCUGGGGGAUGAUGUGUCAGAGGACGACUGCUGCUUGAACAUUAUGUACAGCUUCAAAAAUGAUCCUGAUGAGCCUUGUCAAGCCUGCAGACCUGCUCAGUGGAGUAAGUGGACCGCGUGGAGUCCUUGCACAGUUUCAUGCUUGGAAGGGGUCCAGAGAAGACAUCGAGUUUGCACAGGACAAGGAAAUUGUGAUGGAGACAGUGUGGAAAUGAGAUCUUGUACGGACCAGGACUGCUGUCCUAGCAUCGGUGGCUGGUCGGAUUGGUCAAGUUGGUCCGAUUGUUCCGUUACCUGUGAGAAAGGUCUUAGAAAGAGGAGCAGAGAAUGCAACAAUCCCGAGCCCUCGUGCGGAGGAGGAUGUAUUGGGAUUUCUGAACAGAUUGAAGAGUGUGACACUCAGCAAAUUUGUCCCACACAUGGCGCGUGGGGAAGCUGGGGUUCAUGGGGACAAUGCACAUCCCAUUGUGCCACUGAAGGUUCUCCAGUCUUACCAGUCCAAACCCGGCAACGUCUGUGCAACAAUCCACUUCCUUCCAAAUUCCCACCAGGAAAUAACUGCGUUGGAGAGCCAGUGGAAGUAAGAGACUGUACCAGUCUGCCCUUCUGCCCAGUGAAUGGAGAAUGGGGUCCGUGGGUGAAAGAGCCAGGGUGCACGGUCACUUGUGGUGUUGGUGUAGUUAGAGAAAACAGAGUGUGUAACAAUCCAGCCCCUAAACACGGGGGGAGAUUUUGUGUCGGACCCCCCAGCAGAAAAUCUACUUGCAAUACAAAGGUUCCAUGUCCAAUUGAUGGUGCCUGGUCGGAAUGGGAGGAGUGGGCACCCUGCACACGACUGGGAGAGGAUAAGAUUGCAUGCAAAAAAAUAGUUGGUACCCAGCAGAGGAGGCGUGUGUGUGAAGGGGAGAGAAACAACGGCAAGUGGUGUGAAGGGGAUCGUAGAGAGAUGCGUCACUGCUACAAUAGAGAAAAGUGCUUUCCAACUACUAAAAGUCAGUGGUCAGAGUGGAGUGAAUGGGGCCUCUGUUCCCCACAUUGUGGUAAAUCUGAAAGGACAAGGCAAAGGGUUUGCGAGCCUGUACACCCUGAUUAUCCAAAAGAGACAACAACGCAGAGUGAAAGGGUUGUUGAAGUUUUCUUUUGGGGCACUCCUGUAACGAACUGCCAGUCUCUUAGUGGAUCUACCAAGAAAGUGGAAGAAAAGGAAGAAUGUAAAAAUGUCCCAGAAUGCUGAGAGAUUCAGCUCUUCUCUAAAUUGCCAUGUUGCACUGAUUACAUGACUGAUAAACAGCCCCUCUACAGAGAACAGAUCAUGGCUGCACAUAUAAAAUAGGAAAUGGAGACACUGUUCCUUCAUUGUGAAUGUAGACGAUUAAAUGAACCAACCUCAACAAACAAAAAUAAUAACAUGUCAGAUAUAAUACAAUUAAACAAUGUAUUAUUUAAUACAGAAAUAUGUUUCUUAUAGUCAAAAAAUAAACUGUAUAAAUGGA